AUGGGUUGCUUCGGCCGCGUGUUGUUGCUGGCCAUGGUCAGCAUCGUGUGCUUCGGCGGCGCGUCCAUGUUCCUCUCCUUGAUCAUUUCCGAGUCGCGUGGUGGACGACUCAGCAACUGUUCCGUCGCCGUGCUUGCCGUCGUCCUCCUCUUCUGGGUCAUCAUCGCUGGCGGCAUGUACGUCAACUGCUGCGACAUGUACUUCCCGUUGUCGACGACGUUGGGCCGGUGCUUCCGCGGCGCCGUCGGCUGGCUGCUCUUCCUGCCGUGCCGGUGCUGCGCACGCUCAAGCCAACGGCCAGAAAUAGAAAGCGGCAGCGGCAGCGACCUUGUGGUUCCAGGACAGGGUCGUCACCUGGUCGUUCUGGCCCGGGAGCCGCCGGUGGGAGGAGGCGGCGCGCGGGUGGCAACGACGGACGAUAUCCCGACGACGUACGAGCAGCCGGAGGGCGGCGGCGCAUCUGAGUGCGCGGCGUGCCUGGGCGAGGUGGAGCAGGGGGAGACGGUGAAGCGGCUGCCGGCGUGCCUGCACGUGUUCCAUCGGCGGUGCAUCGACCUGUGGCUGCGUGACCACUCCACGUGCCCCGUCUGCCGGCGCAACGUGCUCGCGCCGUUGUUGCCGGAGCAAAUUGUGUGA